AGUGUGCUUUUGACAUCGGCAAACGCAGUCGUGAAUAUCGGAGCGGAUAAGAUACUUUUAUUUAUAGUUUUAAUACGAAUAAAGUCGUGUUACGUUCGUGACUACCUGUGCUAAUCCGGGAUCCAAUAAAUAUGAGUAUUGCUGACUUGAUUCAAGCUGCUGAAUUCAUCGAAAGGCGCGAUAGAGUGUUCUUUGUUGCAGAGGCGGAGCACGGAUACGCGUCGAGUUUACCGGCUUACGAGGAGUCUCGCACCGGUGGGAGGAGGCCGAAGACGAAGAAAUCGCAGGGCAGCAGGACCACUCAUAACGAGUUGGAAAAGAACAGGAGAGCACAUCUCAGAUGCUGCUUGGAAAAACUCAAGGACAUGGUACCCCUAGGGCCGGAGACCUCACGACACACAACAUUAGGAUUAUUAACGAAAGCCAAAAGAUUUAUAAAGAGUUUGGAAGAAAGAGAAAAGCGACAUUCGAGUCACAAGGAGCAGCUGGCACGUGAACAACGUUACCUCAGACGGAGGCUGGCACAGCUCCGCGCAGCGCCAUGCGACGUGCCCCUGCGUAGCCUCGGCGAGACGAUCCUACCGCACAGCACGCGGGCAGACUCGCUCUCAUCAUUAGAGUCCUCAUCAGGAGUCUCUACUGCGGAGAGAUCGCCCUCAUCCGUUUCUGAGAGUGAUGAGGUGGACGUGAUCGGUUACACGUCCAACCAGAGCGACAGUGAGUCCCUAGUGUCAGGGCACAGCGGCGACAGUGGCGUGGGAGUGACGCGGGCGCGGCGAGGACGCGCGCGGAGCCCCAACACCGUCUGCCCCCGGCGCACCAUCGCCAGCCAAGCGUACGCCACGCGUCCGCGACGCUCCACGAGGAUCUAGGUGGACGAUGCGGGGCGCGGGGUGAGCGGGAUGAGCUCACCGAUACGUUAAAACUUCGUAACGUAAACAAUCGUAGAACAUUUUGUUGAUACAUUUACUAAGGCGAAUGUUAUUUCUGUGACUGAGCGGUGACAGCGUGGCAGUUCAAUGUGACAGAGUGACCGGUGGCGGCGAGGCUGCGCCCGCGCCUCACGCACACAUGCAACACAACACAAAACACAACUUACACACGACAUUACACACCAUCACUUGAGUACAAAAUUGCCAAAAAUAUCAUAUUAUUAUUAUUUCUUCAUCACACAAACCGUGUGUUCUUAAACUAAAUACGAUUUUUAAUCUUUGGCGACUAUACUAUAUCGAUGUCAAUUCCAUACUUUUGAACAUCGAUUUGUUUUUUAUUUUGUACAGAAGUGUUGCUAUUCACAAAUAUAAUUGAUAUAUUGUAACUUUACAAUUCGUCUAUUAUAUGUUUUUAAAUAUGUAUAGCUUUGUUGGUGCCCUGUAUUGAAUUAGUUUCAAAAACACCGUGUACAAAUAUAAUAGUUACGAGCGGGCCCUUCGAAGAUUGACAUUAAUUAUUAACUGUAAAGUGCUCAUUUUAUUUUUUUAUUUGUUAUUGUAUCGGACAUAUUGGAAUAUAUUAUUGAUCUUUGAAAAAGCGUUUUGAAAAAACUCUCUAGGUACUUAUAUUGUUAUUGAUUUCCAC